AUGGCUGACCUUCAAGGCCGCAAAGUCUUCAAGGUCUUCAAUCAAGACUUUAUUGUCGACGAGCGAUACAACGUAACGAAGGAGCUGGGGCAGGGAGCUUAUGGCAUAGUGUGCGCGGCCACCAACAACCAUACCGGCGAAGGUGUCGCAAUCAAGAAAGUCACCAAUGUUUUCAGCAAGAAGAUCCUUGCAAAGCGGGCUUUGCGUGAGAUCAAGCUUCUACAGCACUUCCGAGGUCACCGCAAUAUAACAUGCCUCUACGAUAUGGACAUCCCUCGGCCGGACAACUUCAAUGAGACGUAUCUCUAUGAAGGCAGGUGGACAAAUUGA